GCCAGCAGGAGAUGGUGCGACAACAGAUUUCUCAUCUCCGAAAUCGCUGAACGAACGCUGACAAACGACACCAGAUUUCCCCUCUCUCUCACCUACACAAUUGCACAAGCGAGGGUUUCAAUUUUCUCUUUCCCCCACCCCUAAACCCGUUGAACUACAGCGUCGGAGAUACAAUCUCCCUAUUCAUCCUCACCUUCCCCCGACGUUCUGGCUUCCCGGUUCGCUCAACCUUAUCAGUUCAAAGCGCAUAGAGUCACCUUCUCCUCCCCCGAGCCAAAUCACCGCGGAUUGAGUAAGUGGUUUCCAAUCGUGGAGGGUCUCCUACAUUCCGACCCCUACAUCCAGACGGCUCCGGUUGCAAGUGAGGAAGGGAUCUGGGUUGCCAAUUCCUGCCGCCAAGUGGGUUUUGAUGGUUUGAAUGGUAGCUUGCCAGCAGCUAUUUCCCUGUGUCAGAGCUAGCUUAUUUACAAAGACUUGGUAACAUUAGGAUCUCAAUGUCUGGGAGGAAGCUAAGGGCAACGCUAUCUGUUGAGGAACUUCCCCCAAAAGCAUUCCGCAUGAAGAAUGAGCCACAAUGGAGGGGAGGAUUCAGUCUUGGGGUGGAUCUUGGACUGUCUCGAACUACGAGCAAAGGAGGCCGAGGCGAGGUCGCGGCGGCGGAGCGAAGGGGAUGGCUGGCCUGUGCGACCCCGCCAUCUCCUCCACCGGCGCCAUUCAUUUCCGACAUGAAAGGGGAGGGCAGAGCAGAUGGAUUUUCGGUGUGCAUUGUGUUUUGCGGUUACUCCGGUUAACCGAGAAACUAACCGGUAACCGAUCGGUCGGUUGCCGGCUAACCGAUGGCUUCCGUCGGGCGGUUGUCGGUAGGCAAAAGUGAUAUCGUGGUUAACCGGUAACCGACAUUUCGGUUAUCGGUUAUAACCGAACUAACCGAAAAUCCACCCCUACCGCCAAGUAAACAAACCACGUGUUUGUUAAUCUUAUAUUUUGCAUGGUUAAUAUGAAGAAAAAAAAUAUAGAUUUACGAGAUUU